AUGGAUAGCAACAACAGCCUCCCAUCCACCAAGAGAGCCAGAGCAUCAUCGGGGCUGAACCGCCGUUCUUCAGAUGGCCAAAGCGUCCCUGACGCCCAUAAACCGAAACGGGAUGAGAUCCUACGUGCUUGCAAGGCCCGAGAUGUCCAAGCAUUAGUCUCCCUGUCCACAUCAGAGGGAGGCUUGCUGCAUGAUGAUCUCCGCCAAGCUGCCUGGCCUGUUCUAUUGGGAUACGAUCCCAGUACAGAUCAUCCCGCAGCGUCCGAAUGGACAAGUUUACCCGUGCACUGUGACGAGGAGCAAGUGAAGCUUGACGUGAAUCGGUCCUUUGUACACUACCCAAACUGCCAAACCGAAAAGGAGUUGGACAACAAAAAGCAACAGCUAUCGGACCUGAUAACCAAGGUCCUCAGGAAAUACCCCAUGCUAUGCUACUUCCAAGGCUACCAUGACAUCGCGCAGGUCCUGCUUCUAGUCCUUGGAGCUGAGCAAGCCAGUCACGCCUUUGAGCGGAUCUCUCUCUUGCGCAUACGUGACUACAUGCUGCCCACUUUAUCCCCAGCACUAAAACACCUCCAGCUCAUCCCGGCCAUCCUCCACUGUUCCAACCCCAAUCUUUGCCGCCAUCUCUCCGGCACCAAACCUUUCUUUGCACUCGCAGCAACCCUGACGCUCUACGCCCAUGACAUCGAAGCGUACGCAGACAUAGCCAGACUCUACGACUUCAUCCUCUCCCACGAGCCAGUCGUUUCCAUCUACCUCUUCGCCGCCAUAAUCCUCUCGCGGAAAAAAGAGCUUUUCGAAAUCCCCCUCGACGAGCCGGAAAUGAUCCACUUCACCCUCUCCAAAUUGCCUCACCCAAUUGACCUCGAAGCACUUGUCGCCAGCGCUAUGCAGCUCUACUCCACCCAUCCGCCGGAGAAACUCCCCUUCCGCGCAUGGAAGAAGAUCCCGAGCAGCAGCGUGCUCAAGACGUCAAGGGAUCUCAGCUCUCUGCGGGUCACUCCGGAGGAAGCGAAGAAGCUGCUGGAGCUGCAGAAGCGGGACCUGCGGCGGGAAGAGCUGAGGCAAAAGGCUGCUGGCUUUAUGUGGAAGUAUAGGCGGCUGGCUGGGUCAAUUGGGCUGGCUGUGUUUGUUGGUGUUCUUUCGUACUGGAUCAUGAGGAACGACAACAGCGCUAUGUCUGUAUGGAGGCGUUGUUUGGGGUGGCUUAAGAGCGCUUUUCAGGCUCGCUGGUAA